GCGAAACACUCCCACGCAUUAGUCUCACGCGGGCUAACGUUUGCGAAGAGCGGCUAUAGUGUAUUUGCUGAAAUUCAAAGGAGAACGCGAAGUGUAGCAUUAACGUGCACAUGCGUGUUCGUGUCUGUGUGCGCGCUUUUGAGUUAUCAUCAUGAACGGCAAUCACACCGACAGAGAUGGCGUCGCGAGGAGGGACGCGACACUCCCCAGCGAGUUGCCGGCGGAGGUGCGGCGCGUGGCACUGGACGCUCCUCCUGCUGCCCCGGCGUCCGCCUCGUCCGCCUCCGGAUUUGCGGGCGUCCAGCUGCGUCCAGAUGGACAGCGCUACGGGGAUGCGGACUUGGUUCCCGGCGGCAGUCUCGAAGGCAGCGGAGGAAUGCUGAUGAAUGAACGCAACUUUCCUGUCCCUGGAAGAGGGUUGCAGGAGGGCCCUUCUGCAGCGCAUAGAGAUGGCUUUGGCACUGCAGACGGGUACGCGCGUUUCGAUCCAAUGUUUCCUGGUCAAGUGCCUGUUGAGGGAAGAGGUGGUAGGGGGGGUUCGUUCGGUGGCGGCCGCGGCGGCCCCGGUUCCGCCCCCCGCAUGCCCGGCGAACCGGACGACGACAUCUUUUUGCCUCCCGGCGGUCGUCCUGGUGAGCCGUUCGGUGGUCCAGGCGGAGGUCAAUUCGGUCCCCGCCAAGGCGGCUUUGGAGGCCGGGGAGGUCAAGGCGGAGGGAGCUCUCCGUGGAUGUGA